AUGAUUAAUUCAAGUCGUUUCGCACUAAAGAAUAUACUAAAGCUACAUAAAAGCUCACAGCGACUACAAAGAUAUGGACUUGCACAACUUUCGAGCAACUCCCCAUCUUCCUCAGUUCUUGUCACGGAAAAGCAAAACAAUAGUAUUUUGAUGACAUUAAACAGACCCAAAAGCUUCAAUGCUGUCAAUGCAGAGAUGGUUUCCAUAAUCUACUCUAAUUUAAAGGCUAUUGAAACAAGUCCUGAUGCGAUAGAUAUGGUCAUCCUCAAGGGUGCUGGAAAAGCUUUUUCGUCAGGUGGAGAUGUCAAAACUUUUCUUAAUGGCAUGCAACUACCUGAAAAAUUUGAGGAUUUGAACACGCUGCUAGACAAUACGUACAAAUCGCUAUUCAGACUUUCAACGUUGAAGGUAUCUACUGUAUCCUUGAUGAACGGGCUCACAGUUGGACUCGGUGCUGGUUUUGGUUAUUGCACAGAUUUCAGAAUCGCAACUGAAAAUACAUUGCUGCUUAUGCCAGAGACAACAAUUGGACAUUUCUGUGAUGUAUCAAGCAGUUAUUAUUUAUCCCGUUUACGAGGCUACUAUGGUAGAUAUCUAACAUUGUGUGCCGAGAGAGUCAAAACAGAGGAUCUUUUACACGCAGGAAUCAUCACCCAUUUUGUUCCCUCCAAUAGACUUGACUCUAUGGUGAGUCAAUUGACAGGUUUGCAAUCUCCAAACUCAAGCGCUAUCAAUCAAGAAAUCAGCAAUUUUACAGAGGACUUACCUACUGAGGUUCGACUCACCACAACCCCAGAUAUUUCGCAAUUAGAGAAACAAACUAUUAUAGAAAAUUGCUUCAAAUAUGAUACUGUUGAAGAGAUUAUCAGUGCACUCGAGUUGGAAGGAUCGAAAUUUGCAUUGCAUUGCAAAAACAAGAUACUAUCGGCGUCACCAACAGCCGUCAAAAUUACUCUGGAGCUGCUUUGCAGAGCAUCAACCUUGUCUUUGGCUGAAUGUCUCGUAUUAGAACGCCAAUUAUGGGUCACUGAUAUAGGUACGCAUGAUUUUGUGGAAGGAUGCCAAUCAAUGUUGGAAAAGAGACCUCCUAGAUGGUGUCCACAGCAACUACAAAACUGCCAAGCACAUUUAGAACGUUUUGAGCAAGCAAAAUCCAUUGCACCGCUUGAUCUGAGGGUCUGA